AUGCCGAGCCAAAGCAAGAAGCCUCGGUUCCGGACCAUCCAGCAGUUCGAAACAGACUACUCGCCAGUGUCCAUCUCCCAAUAUGUAUCAGAGCAGACGGGUAUGAGCGUCGUAGUGUGUAAUCAGGAAGGCCCCAAAGUCCGAGGAUACUUCACCCUCGCGACCGAGAUCUUUGAUGAUUCCGGAUCGCCUCAUACCCUGGAGCACUUGGUGUUCAUGGGCUCCAAGAGCUACCAAUACAAGGGUCUUCUUGACAAGCUUGCCUCUCGAGCCUACUCGAACACAAACGCUUGGACUGCCACGGAUCACACGGCCUACACCUUGGACAGUGCCGGCUGGGAAGGCUUUGCUCAGAUCCUCCCAGUCUACCUCGAGCAUAUCAUCCUGCCCACACUCACUGAUGAAGGAUGUUACACUGAAGUGUGGCACGUGGACGGCGACGGCAACGACGCUGGUGUGGUCUACUCUGAGAUGCAAGGUGUUCAGAACAAUGGCCCUGAGAUCAUCGACAUUAGAGCUAGACGCUUGCUGUAUCCUGAAAAUGUCGGAUUUCGAUACGAGACUGGUGGCCUGAUGGAGAACUUGCGAGUUCUCACUCCCGAUCGUAUCCGCGCCUUCCACAAGGAGAUGUACCAGCCGAAGAAUCUGUGCCUUGUUCUCGUUGGUGAGGUUGACAAGGAUCACCUUCUCCAGCUCUUGGAUGAGUUUGAGGAGGGCAUUAUUGACUCCAUCCCUCCACCUUCGGCUCCUUUCAAGCGCCCAUGGAUCGAUUCUGCGCAGCCACCUCCCAUUGCCAAGACAAUCGUGGAGACAGUCAACUUCCCCGAGGAAGACGAAUCGAGGGGUGAGAUUACCGUUGCUAUGUUUGGACCGAGCUGCAACGAUGCCGUCGCUACAGCUGCUCUGAACGUUCUCCUCACCUACCUCGCCGGUUCUUCUGUCUCGAUUUUGGAGAAUGUCAUGGUGGAGAAGGAGGAGCUCGCGUCUAGCAUCGGCUACUACUGGGACGCAAGACCGAACACGGUGAUCUGGCUUCAGCCGAGUGGCGUGCUGACGGAGAAGCUCGCGUUUGUUGAGCAAAGACUGUUUCAGUUGCUCAAGGAAGUUGCUUCGAAGCCUCUGGAUAUGAACUACAUGCUGGACUGCAUCAAGAGAGAGCGCAGACAGGUGAAGUUCCAGGCUGAAAGCUCUUCUAGCUUCUAUGCUACCGGCGUCAUCAAUGAUUUCCUGUUCGGCGAAAGAGAUGGUUCUACGCUGAAGGAAUUCGGGACCGUUUCCGAAUACGACAAGCUCGAGGGCUGGACCGAUGAACAAUGGCGCGACUUUCUGAAGAAGUGGAUAUCUGACGCUAACCAUAUCUCACUUCUUGGCAAGCCUUCCAAAGCCAUGGCUGACAAGAUUAAGAGUGAUGAAGAAGCCCGGGUCCUUGCUCAAAAGGAGAGGCUGGGCCCAGAAGGUCUCAAAAGACUGGCAGAGAAGCUGAAAUUGGCAACCGAGAAGAACGAUGUAGAAAUCCCUCCAUCUGUCCUACAAAAGUGGCCCGUGCCAGGUGUCGACUCCAUCCACUUUAUCGAAACUACCAGCGCACGAUCUGGUCUGGCAAGGAAGCUCGGGGCUCCAGAGAACAAGGCCCAGAAGAUCAUUGACUCAGCCAAUUCUGACCUCCCAAUUUUUUUGCAGUUUGAAGAUGUCCCUACAAACUUUGUUCACUUGACUUUACUCCUAGGCACAUCUCAGGUCAAGACCGAGCAUCGCCCAUUGCUGUCUCUGUUCAUGGACAACUUCUUCAACACUCCCAUCAUGCAAGAUGGUAAGCGUGUUGAGUUUGAGGAAGUCGUCACGAAAUUGGAGCAAGAUACCAUCAGCUACUCGGUGGGUGGCGGUGGCCGUAUGAACGAUGCUGAAGGACUCGUCAUCCAAUUCCAAAUCGAGCCCGACAAAUACGAAACCGCCAUUAAAUGGAUCCGCACCAUGAUGUUCGACAGCAUCUUUGACCCUGUCAGACUCAACGCCGGUAUGGCCAAGAUUCUUGCGGACAUACCCGAGGCCAAGCGAAAUGGCAACAACAUGCUUUUCGCCGUCGACUCCAUGAUCCACCUAGACAAAGAAUCCAGCGUCAAGGCACGAGGCACGCUUGUCAAAGCCAUCUACAUGAAGCGUCUCAAGAAACUUCUCACAAAAGAUCCCGGUACCGUUCUCUCCUGGCUGGAAGCUCUCCGCAAAUCCCUCUUCACGUUCAACAAUAUGCGUGCCCUAGUCAUAGCCGACGUCUCCAAACUGCCAAAUCCGGUCGAUGCCUGGAAGCCCCUCAUCGCGGGCCUCGACACCGCCGCUCCCCUCCUCCCCCUCGUCAAAUUGUCCGAACGUCUCAGCCCAGACGGGCGAUCCCCAGGAAACUACGGCGCGGUGGUGAUCCCAAUGGCCACAAUCGACUCUUCUUUCUGCGUCGCCUCCGCCAAAGGCCCGACCUCCCCCAAUGAUCCAGUGCUCCCGGCUUUGAUGGUCGCAAUCUCCUUCCUCGAAGCCGUUGAGGGACCCCUCUGGACAGCAAUCCGCGGUAAGGGACUUGCUUACGGCUCGGGGUUUAGGCGUGAUCCUGACGGAGGCUUCGUCCAAUUCUCUGUCUACCGGUCCCCCGAUGCAUACCGCGCCUUCGUUGCCGGCCAGGCCGUCCUUCAAUCCUACAUCGACGGCACGCUGAAAUUCGAGCAAGCUGCCCUUGAAGGGGCGAUUAGUGGCAUUGUGAUGGGGUUUGCGGAUGAGCAGACGACGAUGGCGGCCGCGGGACAGUUUCACUUUGUGAAUAGUGUGGUGAGAGAUCUGGAGGAUGGAUAUGACGCGAAGAUUCUCAAGGCGGUGCGGAAUAUCACUGUGCCGGAGAUCCAGGCUGUUAUGAAGGACGUUCUGAUGCCGGCUUUCUUACCGGGAAAGAGUAACGUCGCUGUUACCUGUGCACUGGUUAUGGAGGAGGGCAUCGUAAAAGGCUUCUCCGAGCUUGGCUUCAAGACAAGCGUGCAACUCCUCUCCAGCUUCCAAGAGAGCUACGGCCUCGAAGCAGACGGGGACGAGGCCGGGAAUGAGGACGAAGCUGUAGAUGGCGAGGGCGGAGAGGGAGAUUUGGACGACGAGAUGACGGAGGCGAGUCAGGAUGAGUAG